AAUCUAAAAAAGACGUGCUGCCAUAAGGUAUAAAGAAUGAUUUGAUAGAAACUUUACCAUACUCAUAUUAACUUCAGAUCCCUUGUCAAGAACGAUAAACCGACCUCGACCACUCACUGCUCCAAGGCGGGCAGCCAGUGCCACAACCGUGAUGGCAUCAACGCCCGCAAACCGUCUUGAGACGCUUAACAAACCACGCUCCACAUCAGCUCUCUUUGACCAACGUCCAGGAACGGCAUCUAGCUCCAGCUCUAGGUCCAGCAGCAGCAUCAAACGCAGGCCCACGCCCGUGCCCGUCUCCACUACGGCUUCGCGUCUGCGGGCAGCCAAAUCGAGAGAGUCGCUGGGCUCAAGGGAAGAUCUGUCAGGAAUUCGAUCCCGCCAGGGCUCGAGCCAAACUCGGGAAGGAGCUGGCGGACACCAUGCCAAACUGAAGCGGUUGACUGAAACAAAACCCGACGGUGGUCAUGACAGACACCCAAAUCAGGGGAUCAAGAAGAUGCAACAAGCCAGGGACGGUGCUCCAUCUCCCGACGCGUCCCCAUCUAGGCACAAAUCCAUGGUGCCAGGAACAGGCGGAACCAUGAUUUCCCCUGCGCCCCCUUCUCCUCAUCCAGAUUCUUCUUCUUCUUCUUCGACGAAGUCUUCGAGUUCGAACGUGACUCGCAGUCGGCGCAAGGGAGCCUUUUGUCCUUCCUCGGUGUCUUAUUCCUCGGGUUUACUGGACUCCACUAGGCCUGGCAUUGCACCCGCCGUUCCACCGAGCAGGGGAGCGUCUGUCGUCUCGCACCAGAACAGACGAACACGCGAGUUGUCGUCCUCGCCCUUGAGAAGUGGAAGAGGUUCUCCAGUGUUUGAAAACAGUCCUCACGCGGAGGCCAGAUCUCGAGGUGGUGCACAUGUGUCAUCAUCAGUGUCUGCCAGUGAACGUGCUCUAAGCCCAUCUAGUGAUCUUGGACGGAGAGGUCAACAAGACCCAUCGAGUCCCUCAUUGUGGAGGAAAGCCUUGAUUAUCAACAAGUUCAUGACUCUGACCUCGAGCACAUCGCCGACGAGCAAACGUCGGAUGUUGAUGAAAUCCACUCAGAAUGGGACUGCUAACAAGUCCGCGGACCGAUUAGCCAAGAAACCGGUGGAGAGACUCAUCAAGCCCUCUGCCAACAUGGAUCGCGGUGCUGGGGGGAAAAACGCUCUCAAGCUCAUUCCCCGAAGGGAUUUUGUCUUGGGAAAAACCCCCGCCACCGCUGAAGAUCGGAUCGUGUCGGCCCGAAAAAUCCGGAAUGGACCAAUGCCCCCGGCAAUGGCCAAAGUCAAAUCCAAACCCGAAAAGAAAAAACCGACCAAGCCAGAUUUAUUUCCCGUCAAGAUGUCGGCUGUGCAGAUGUCGGAACAAGGCUGUCUGAACCGAAAAAUGUUAAAGCUCUUCAGCGCUAGGACUGCUGUGGACAUGGGCAUCACGUACUCGAAGAUGAAAGUGUUUUUCGAGCGUUGGAAAAAGUGCGACCAGAAGUGGCCUCUGUCUAUGGUGGAGAAACUACUUCAGACCAUCCAGAGCCACGCCCCAAUCCGAGACAUGUUGCAACGGAGCCAGGAACCUGACCAGUUCCGAUAUUCCGAGUUCUUUCCCGAGGAUUUGAAGUAUCGCCAUUGCCCAGAGGAUGGGUCUGUUUGGAUCGGGUCUGUGAACGAUCCACUUUUGCCCGAUCCGGCUUAUGAUCGGAAGUUUGCCGCCUUUUGGAUGACGAAACUUUCCCAGUUGCCAUGCCGAGGGGACCCUCAGCAACUGAAAUUGGAUUCACAGGAAACUCGAUCAAUCCUCCGAAAAUUGGACAAAAUUGUGGCCUUUCCCGAGGAGACGGCACUCCUCCUCAAGGCUUACGAAGGCAAGCUGUUCAAGGCGAUCGGCAUGCGAACCCUGCUCAGCUCUGUCGUGCACAGCAUGUCCAAAAAGACCAAUUCCUCGCUGCGUGCCCAAUCGGAAGAUUAUGACCUCUUUCAGAAGCUCGUGUCCCACUUCUACUUGGUUUGUGAAUGGAUCGUCCAAUUGAUAAUAUCCCAACCAAGUAAUACAACAAGAAGAGAGGCUUUAUCUUGUAUUCUCCGGUUUGCCCAAGCUUCUUGGAACAUUGGAAACUUCAAUGGAACCAUGGAAAUCCUUCUCGGUCUCAGGUCCCCUGCUUUGAAGCCGUUUUGGAUUAGUUUAUCCGGUUCGGAUGCGGACCAAUUGUUCUCGAGACUUUUCCGGAAACUUUUCUGCUUCAACUCCCGUGAAUACAAAAAGGCCCUUCGAGCGGCCUGCAUCCGCAAGGCCGGGGCCCGAGGCGGCGCCACACGCCCCACUGGCCUCUCUGAUGUGGUUCCUGCUUAUUUGCUACAUUUAACGAGCCUGUCCUCGGCCUUGACUGAAAGUCAAGGAUCAUGCUUAGUGUCUCUUUCCGAGCACGGAUGUGUUGAAGUCUUGACUGACUUUCAUGGCGAAAAUCGAUUCCUGAGACGCAUAUACGAGCCUGAGCAUCCUUACACUAGUGCCCUUCAAGCCCCAAUCAAGAGGAGAAUGUUGCAAAGUACCCUCAACACCGUUAACGAGGUCUGGAGUGGUUCUGACUCGUCCUUGGAGAGUGAUGACCUCGAGGCCCACGAAAAGAGACACAGCUCCUUGGUGGACAGUCCGAUUUUGCAUAAAUCCACAGCCCAUCAUGGUGUGACCAUGGUGAAGCCUCCCAAUGAGGCUCUUGAUACGAUCGCCUUGCUUCACGCGGGAACGACCGUGUUGCAUUUCGAGCCGGAUUCCCAUCAAGUCCUUCCCGUGUUCCUGAAGCUCGAGCACUGUAAUGGGACCGUAACUUGGUGCCGACCCCCUUGGUCAGAUCCCAGGAGAUCUUCCUCGACUUCAUUCAUGUCCUCGUCGCCUGAUGAUAUUGGCACGAGUUUGGACACCAUUGAAGAGGCCGUCUCCCCUGGUUUGCGUCUGAAGUACACCAAUCGCUCGGGAGAGAGCUUGGCUUAUACGGACGAGGGUUAUAUUGACUUGAUGCAUAUGAAGGAUUUGAGUCUAAGUGACGACAUCUAUAAUUUCCCGGAAAACAUUCGCCUCAAUAUUCACCGCACGUUCCAAUCCGCGGUGGAACCGACCAUAAUGCGCAUCGUUUUCGGGUCCUCGCUCUCGGAGAAUCGAACCGUUCACUUCCUUUGUACACCAGAGGUGGCUUCCAAAUGGUUUGAAAUCCUUCCCACGAUGUCAAGAGCCAUCAAAAAUGAGGAUCCGAGGAUCGUUUGGCUCAAGGAUCAAUACUUGUUCCUCUUCUUUCAAGAUGAUCUCUGCAUGGGACCAUUAGCAGCAGAUGCCAUCAAGAAUUGCCACUCUUUCUCCCAAGAUCCGGCAAUGAAAGUCUUCGGUGGACGGAGCUGGAGCCUGACCGGCAUGCUCAAGGACCGCUCACACAAGGGCAGUUGGAAAGGCGUGGCCAACAAUCCUCGGACAAAGAAGAAAUCCUAUGGGAACAUCCACAGCAUCAAUGACCGGGGCAUUCACGAGAUCUAUGAGACCUUCGGAGGCGUGGCUAACGGCCCGUCAGGAGGCUCGGUCUCCAAUUUGUCUAGUUUGGGCGGAGCCAGUGCCCCAGCCUCGCCUUGGAGUUCUCCCUUGAUGGGGAGAAAGUCCAUCGCUGUUUCCUCGCCACUUCACGUGGACAAACAAAGUGGAAAGUUGUUGCCAAUGCAGUCUCCUAUGACGAGCCAUAAUGUGGGUGAUCUGAACUUGGAGGAUACCAGGAAAUUGAAUUGCCUUCGUACGGGAUCGAUCACGCACGGAAGCGAGCUUAGUUUCAUGGAGUUCUUGGAUCUUUUCAAAUCUUUCAGCCUUCGUCUUCGCAAGGACAUCCGCACUCUGUUUGCCAACCAUUCUGUGUGCAAUGUUACAAGUCCAGACGAAGGAGUCAAAGAUUGGAUGAACAUCAGCAAACGAAAAGAAGCUCUCCUCAGAUUGGGUGGAAGAUCAGGGUCCAGUGAUUCACCCGGCAACAACCGGAAGAGAGAACUUUUGUGCUCACUCACAAGGAACAGUUCCAUGGAUCUGACCGACUUCAAGUCAAGAAGCGACAAAAAGAAGGUCUUUGAUGCCAUGGCUGCCGCGAGCAUCUUCAACAAUUCCGCCGGUGUGGACACGUCCAGAGCUAGAAUGAUCCCAAUGGACGCGUUUUGCCAUUUUCUCGAGCAUUUCCAAAAGGAAUCCCAUUCUGAUGUGGCCGUAAAGGAGCUGAUCGAGCUCCACGAACCAGAUCCCGUGUUGCGAACUCACAAUCAGCUCAGUUUCGAGGGAUUUGCACGUUAUCUCAUGGACUCGGCCAAUUCCGCAAUUGACCUCAAUGAUAACGAGGCCGAGCAAGAUUUGGGCCAACCCCUUUCCCGAUACUAUGUGGCCACUUCCCACAACACCUAUCUGGUGGGUCAUCAACUCAAGGGACUCUCAUCCGUCCAAUUGUACCGAGAGAUUCUUCUCACCGGGUGCCGUUGUGUGGAAUUAGAUUGUUGGGAUGGAGAUGAUGGCAAUCCCAUUAUCUAUCAUGGUCACACGCUCACCACGAAGAUCUCAUUCCAAGAAGUGGUUCAAACCAUUGCAGAGUCUGCUUUCAUCUCUUCACCUUUGCCCGUGAUCCUUUCGAUUGAAAACCAUUGCUCGAUACCGCAGCAACAAAAGAUGGCCGCCAUCUUCAAGGAGCUUUUGGGCGAUUGUCUGGUGACUGCUCCAAUUGCCGAGAAUGAAUCCCAACUCCCUUCACCCAACAACCUCCGAUAUCGUAUUAUACUCAAGAACAAAAAACUCCGAAGUGGCAAUGGCAUUGGAAGCACCAAAUCCCUUUAUCGAACCUCCACUUUCGACGACCAAGGAGGAUGCAAUUCUCAUGACAUGGAAGAGGAAUAUGAUUCAGACUACGGCGAGGAGGAUUUUGAUGAUGAGAUGCAAGACGACUACAACGAGCAGAAUCUGUCCGAUGAGGAUUACCAUCAGAGCCUGAGAAAUAGUGGCAAUUCUCUGAGUGUCCAGAACCAGACCCUCACCCCGGCGUCGAGUGCGGCUCAACUCUUAGGGGGAUCUUCCUCUCAACAACAAAGGCCUCGGACUUUAUCUAUUUCACCAUCCUUGCAACUACAACAACAAUUGCAGCAGCAACAACAACAACAACAACAACAACAACAACACCAAGCGGCGGCCUCUAUGGCGUCCUCUUCUUCUUCUAAAGCUCUCGAUUAUGAUCAAACGACUGGAAAAAAGAAGAAGGAAAACAACCAAAUUGCUCGGGAACUCUCGGAUCUCGUGAUCUAUUGUCAGUCAGUAAAAUUCAAGGGAUUUGGUAAAUCCGAUCAUGUCUCUUCCUCUGGCCAUCCCACCAUUCAGCAGGCAUCGUAUAUAUCAGAUUCGCCUGCCAACCGGAAAAGACCCGACAUUGUCUCACUGGCUGCCGGAGGAGCAAUUACCCCGGUGUCAGGGCCCAUCCAAAUUGGACCUGUCACACCCAUUCCAGCUCUCCAAGGAGGUCGUCGAACCGGGUUAAAGAGCCUUGAAAGUACACCAAGCAGCAGCUCUGGGUCCUUGGCAGGAUCUGUGUCAAGUGCUGUGAAUGGCGCCAUACCCGGAUCCCAAGUGAUACAUGCCCGAGCUCCGUUGAUGGCACAAGGUUCGACAACCAUGUCAUCUAACCCCUCCACAGCCACCUUAACCAAUUUGAACACGUCUUUGGACAUCAGUUCUCCGAUUUAUCAGUGUUCCUCUCUCCACGAGAGUCGAGCCAAAACCCUGUGUCGGAAACAUUCUCAGAGAAUGUUGGAACAUACCGAAAAUCAACUGGUACGAGUUUACCCCGCCGGCAUGCGCAUCGACUCAUCCAACUUCAAUCCCAUUACUGUUUGGUCGUGUGGUAUUCAAAUGGUAGCCAUGAAUUAUCAAACGUCGGAUGCAAAUCUCCAUAUGCACAAUGCCAUGUUCGCUGGAACAAAAGGCUUUGUGCUUAAGCCUCAAGUGAUGUGGAACCCAAGUCAUAUCCUGUAUCAACGGUUUCUUCCCAAUAGCAAAAGUCAGGAAGGUCUUCACAUCACUCACAUUUCCUUGACUAUUCUCUCUGGUCAAUAUGUGUGUCGAGAGAACUACGGGACGUCGCCUAUUGUUGAAAUCGAGGUUCUGGGAAUCCCGCGAGACUGUUGCAAGUUCAAAACGAAAAUGAUCUCACGGAACGCUCUGAAUCCAAUCUGGGAGGAGACUUUCGAAAUUGAGGUUCAUCUUCCAGAAUUGGCUUUCAUUCGCUUUACAGUUCUCGAUGUGGGCAGUAACAUGGUCACGGCUCAACGCGUGGUUCCGGUCACAAAACUACGCCAAGGCUAUCGACACCUCAGGCUUCACAAUGAACUAGAUCAACCUCUGCCACUGUCCCAACUCUUCCUUUGCAGUCAAAUCUUGGAUGGUGAUCUGGUCGAGGACGAUGAUGAGCUAAAAAUUUCUAUCUCAAAAUCGGGUCCUGGGGUAUCCUCCGUUGUCGGAGCGACUUCAAUUGGCAAAUCAGACCAACCUGGGCGGAAACGGAUGUCAUUUCUUGUUGUUCACGAUAUUAGUGAACAUUCGCCUUAUGCCAUCUUAAAGGUUCCAGAAAAUGCCACCACCCGAGAUGUCAUUCGACAGGCCAUUGCAAAGGCUGGAACAGCUGGCAACGAGCACGAGUAUGUGCUUCUAGAAGAAGUUUUGGUCCCCAGUGCCAAUGGAGACGAUUUUAUCACAGCUCCGCCCACUCAACAACGUAUGGUUGGCAUGGACGAGCGCCCGCUUCAUUUAAGAAACAAAUGGAAAUCUGAUUCGAAGUUCGUAUUGAAACGAAUUGGCUCAGAUCCGAGCUGGCGGGCCAGAUUGGGCAACAUGAUCCAAGAAAAUAAUAACCAGGCCUCUAGUCAUCACAAACUGGAGGAAACGAAUUUGCUAUUGGACUCGGAGGAUCCUAUCGCGGCGGCAAAUGCUUUGAAAGACGAGCCAGGGAUAAGCGGGGAUCCAAUUGAAGAUAAGGACUCUGAGAAUGGUUCAUCAAAUGUGAAACGGGACGUCGACAACUUCUUAGUUUGCAUCUUUAAUGUCUCCUCAAAGGUAUCUUACAGCAUCUUGCAAGUCCCAAGAACUAGUACAGCCACUGAUGUCAUCGUUUUGGCACUAAGCAAAUGUCGCAGGGGCGAAGAAGACGAGAAUAAGCCAGAUAAAUUUGUAUUGGUCGAGGAAACGGACCCUCCUCCUGUGUUGCAAAAUUAUGCCUUCAACAACAGUGGCGCAAACAAAAAGGCCCAAAAAGCCAAGAGAAAGCGGGUAUUGGACUCCCAGGAGAAUGUCUACCUUGUCCAAUUGGCAUGGAAAGGAGCCGGGAGAAUCAUCUUGGAAGAAAAGGAAAAGCUACUGAAGGAAGGCCAGUUUUACCUGGAUGUACCCAAUAAUCCACAUUUGAACGUGUGCGAGACCCAAAGUGAUCCUCUCAGCGGUUUAGCUUUAGCUGGAAAGGUCUCUCCACGGCUCAGGCGUUCAUCCAAAAUCAUAGCAUCGGGAGUGCGUAGGAUCUCCCGUAGUUUCUACGGCAGCGAUGCUAAUCAGAGUCAUUCCAAUAACCCGUUGGGUAUGAAUAAACCUCAAAUCCUUCGACCCAAACCCAAGCAGCGUCGAAUGACGACAGUAGCGACCGGUGGAGACCUAACCCACGCACCAAGUUUACCCCCGGAUAUGCCUGGAAGUGCUGGACCUAGCCGUACACAAAGUCGACGGAGGCAACGAAGCGGGGAUGCACGUCUAGACGGUCAUAGCAGACGAGAUUCCGGAGGUGAACCCUUUGACGGCCCUGAAUCUUUACCUAUUUUGAUGAUUCCUCCACUUCCUCCUCAAGAAUCUAGACUUGUGCCUGCAACUGCGGUGACAACUGCUAACGGAAAUGGAAUUGCACCAAAUUUGAGCGUUACUGGCCCAGCGGAACUGACCGAAGACUUGAAAUCGAGGAAGCUGUCCAAAGUGAAUUUGAGGAAACUUAAGAUUUGGUAGUGAAGCGUUGCUAUUUCAUACCUUAGCUGAGAAGCCACCCACUGAAGAGCGCAAUUGCUUAUUCCUCGUCUUUUAACAAUCAUUUCUAUGUCAGAAUAUUAUCCUUUUGACCUUUGAAACAAUUUAUGCCUACUUGAUUUCUGCCAUAUCACACUUUCUACAUGUCAUGACCUCCCGAUAACUUUCUUACGUAAUUACCAUGAAAUUUUAUGAAUGAGUGUUUUAAAAGCUUCUUCAGACCUGUACCCAAGCGGGGGGUAAAGCAUUUACACAUAUAUUGGAGCUGGAGAAAUAUAUCAUUUAUCACUUUA